CCUCAAAAAGUAGACGUGAUUUUUUCUUAUAAACAUGCCGAAACGUGGAGGAAGAAUUAGAAAUUGGAAACCUAAUGAACAUUUUGAACACGAUGACCGUUCACACAACACCAAUAACACGAGGCGGGUUAGUUUUAAACCCGGAACAAGUAAAGUAAAAAGCCGUUUUCGAUGGAACGACGCAGCACAAGUGUUAUUGGACGGUGAUAUUGACAUGGGAGCCUCUGGAGGCCAAGGUCCAAAUAGAAAAGGUUUUAGAGGCAACAGAGGUAGAUUAAGCUCUCCAGCGCCAAGACCAGUAGCUAAACGAAAAUUUAUACCUGGCUUGUUACCGUGGUAUCAAAUACUUAUACCAUAUGGAGCAAAGCAUGAUAAGGAAGUCGUUUUACGAACACUUCUUGGUAUUAUAUCACCGGAAGUUUUUAUUCCACAUUAUUACAAAAUAAAUGGAAAUUCUGCUACGUUUUACGUCGAUGAUGUCAAAAUAGCAGAAAAGCUGUUUUAUGCAGAUCGAAAAAUUGUUAUGUCAGAUGGCUACAGGUUAGCUGUGAUUGUGAGGAAUUCAGUUCCGAAUGUCAAUGUUGAUGCUAAUAUGAAAGAGAAAAUGAAGCUGGCUAUGGCGAAGAGAUACAACGCUGCGACAAAAGCUUUAGAUUUGACAAAGUUCCAUGCUGAUUCAGAAUUAACUGACAUAUUCUGUGGCCUCUUCCGCCCUGUAAUCAUGUUGGCAGCAAUUGAAAUAAUAGCAGAAAAUAUUCCAGAUUUGGAAGCUUUAAACUUAAAUGAUAACAAACUUCAUGGAAUGGAACACAUGAAAAUUUUGUGUACAAAGUUUAAAAACUUAAAAAUUUUGUACUUAGGUGACAAUCGGAUACCAUUCCUGAGCUCUAUAGACCCCUUGAAACCUCUUCCACUAGUCGAAUUGUAUCUCAAAGGAAACCCUCUGGUGAACAGGUUCAGUGACCAUGAUAUAUAUGUCAGCGAUGUCCGGAAGAAAUUUCCAAAACUGGUGAGAUUGGACGGCGUGGAUCUACCCCCGGCGAUCGGCUUCGAUGUAGCAGAAGACGUGGCGUUACCUCCAUUUCAACAAUCGUUCCUAAUAGACCCGGCUGGUAAAGAUUUAGUUAGGGAUUUCCUAACACAAUACUUCGCUAUCUUCGACUCCGAAUCAAGACAACCUUUGUUAGAAGCCUAUCACGAGACCGCUACUAUGUCCAUGGCUGCUAAUUAUCUUAUGAAUGAUAAUAGAAAUUCACCAGCUCUCAGAUUAAGCUCAUACUUACCAAACAGUCGAAAUUUAAUCAGAAUAACAGAAAGAGAAUCGAGAAAGAGAUAUUUGAGGACGGGCAGACUGCAAGUGGUUUCUUUCCUAUCUGAUCUGCCCAAAACUAAACACGAUCUGAUGGGUUUCGCAGUCGAUUUACUAGUUUUUACGCCAGCAAUGAUAGUUUUAACGAUGAACGGCGUGUACAAGGAAAUAACAGUGAAUGGUACACCGUCGCGUUCCUUCCAUAGAACAUUCGUCAUUGUACCCAACAGCGCGGGAGGAUUUUCUAUCACAAAUGACAUGCUUUUUAUCUCAAAUACUACAAGGGAACAGGAGGAAGCGCUAAACUCCGCUCAAGCUCCUGCUCCCGCUUCCGCUCCCGCCCCCGCUUCAGCUCCCGCUUAUGACGAUACUCAACGCGCCAUAUUGAUGUCCCUGAGACAACAGACUGGCAUGAACGAACACUGGAGCAUCAAUUGUUUACAAGAGACAGGAUGGGACUUUCAACGAGCGUUGUUCAUCUUCAAUCAACUUCAGUCAGAAGGCAAGAUACCACCCGAAGCCUUUCUAAAUUAAUUAUAGGGGCUUAGGAGCAACGUGGGCUGUGCCUUUGUGUAUAUAUGACUGUUGUGACACUUAAUCUAAUCGAGAGGAUUGUGCAGACAGAAGACAGAAAAAAAAAAUGAAAUAAUAAAAAAAUAAAAAAUAAAAUAAAAAAUCCGCCAAAAAAAGAACCUGGCUGGUAAAAUGAAGAAUAUUUUUCUUGAAACUUACAAUUAGAAAUUUUGGUAUGAGUAAUUUUUGACAAAAUGUUAUUGAUUUUAUUUAUUUUUGAUGUAUAACGUGUAGCCUGAAGUAUGUAAAGUACAUAAAUGUUCUGUGAUUUACUAUUACUAUUACUGUAUUAUUACUGUAAUAUACAUUAGUCCUAAAAUUGUAAACUUUAUAUAAGCAAAAGUAAUUUGAAAUUGUUUUUAUUUUUAUAUACUACUUACAAAAAAAUAAAAAUGUGUAAAAGUGUUCGCAAUUAAAAAUUUAACUACCGUAACAAGUAUGCAGAUCAUUUCAAGUUGAUUAUAUUGUAAUAUAAACAUUGUUUGUAUUAUAAUGUUGUUUCAUAUUUACUCAUACCAAAGUUAAAAAAAAAUUGUAGUAGUUGUAUCACUAGUUAUUGUUUUAUAUUAUUUGUAAUUAUAAUGUAGUAUGUAUUAUUUACAUAUUCAAUGAACACCUAUAUAGUUUUAGAGAAUUUCUCUCGAAACUGUGAUGUAAAGUUUUGUACUGUAAAUUAGUCUGUUCUAAAACCAAAACGUCUAUAGCUAAUUGUACUUCCUGAUAUAUCUAAGCAAUUUUUGUUAGUUUAAGAAAAAUACAAAAAUGGAAAGAAAACUUGUAAAUUAUUGUUGUGAAUGUAUAUUUCAUAUAUUAUUAUGUUGUUCUGUCUUUAUUUUGGAUUAGACACAGAAAAGUUUACGUGUAAUUUCGUUCUAGAAAUAAUAUAGAAGUAUAAAUAGUGUAAGUAUUAAAUUAUGUAAAUAUUAAUUAGUCGAUGUCGCUAUGGGGUGGGGAUAAACGCACAGGUUGUUUUGAGAGCGCUAUUCCUUGAAUAACCAGUUCUGUCCGUUGAAACAUUCCGCGACAGUAGGUUGUAUAACCUCAUGGUAUUUUUAUGGCGUGGAAAUCAUCUGGAAACGCAGACGGCGGAUCCCCUUGGAUAUGUUCAUGUGGGCUAGUCGUCUUGUGGUGGUAUACCAUGGUGUCGUGACGGUACUUUACUUGGGCUAGUGAGAGGAUGUGUCGCUCCUGUGAUGUUUAUGGGAUUGAGCUUAGGGCUGACUUAGAUAAUUUCCUACCAUGAUCGAGUUAAGAGAAUAAACUUUAAUUUUUUA